UCUGCGAUGACCACAGCAAGGUACCGGCCCACCUGGGACCUGGCCCUUGACCCGCUGGUGUCUUGCAAGCUGUGUCUCGGGGAGUAUCCCUUGGAGCAGAUGACGACCAUAGCCCAGUGCCAGUGCAUCUUCUGUACUCUGUGCCUGAAACAAUACGUUGAGCUCUUGAUCAAAGAAGGAUUAGAGACUGCAAUUAGCUGCCCUGAUGCUGCCUGCCCUAAACAGGGCCACCUGCAGGAGAACGAGAUUGAGUGCAUGGUUGCGGCUGAAAUUAUGCAAAGAUAUAAAAAGCUACAGUUUGAAAGAGAGGUGCUGUUCGAUCCCUGUCGGACGUGGUGCCCAGUGUCCACCUGCCAGGCCGUGUGUCAGCUCCAGGACGUGGGGCAGCAGACCCCCCAGCCGGUGCAGUGCAAAGCCUGCCACAUGGAAUUCUGCUCCACCUGCAAAGCCAGCUGGCACCCUGGCCAGGGCUGCCCAGAGACCAUGCCCGUCACCUUCCUCCCCGGGGAGACCAGUUCUGCUUUCAAAAUGGAAGAGGACGACGCGCCCAUCAAGCGGUGCCCCAAGUGCAAGGUGUACAUCGAGCGGGAUGAGGGGUGCGCGCAGAUGAUGUGCAAGAACUGCAAGCACGCCUUCUGCUGGUACUGCCUGGAGUCUCUGGACGACGAUUUCCUCCUGAUACACUAUGACAAGGGACCCUGCCGGAACAAGCUGGGCCACUCCCGGGCGUCCGUGAUCUGGCAUCGGACACAGGUCGUGGGCAUUUUUGCUGGAUUUGGGCUCUUGCUCUUGGUGGCCUCGCCUUUCCUGCUCCUGGCAACUCCCUUUGUGCUUUGCUGCAAGUGCAAGUGCAGUAAAGGUGACGACGACCCAUUACCCACCUAGAGGAAGACACAAUGCUGGAACAAGAUCCCUGCCUCCGGGAAGUGUGGCCGUCCCCGACCCCGCCCUCCCGUCCCCCCUCACUAAACAUUUUUCUUGCCUUAUGUGCCCCAUUGAGCUUCACAGUGUCAGGCUGGAUGCCGUGAUUUCAGGGACUGACGUCACAUUUGCCGAGGCCCCAGGGUGGUCCCUAGGCGCAGGGAAGGCGAGGCAGGCGUGGGCAGGGCACGUCCCCACAGAUCAGUCUCUGCAGACGACAGGGAGGUACUGUCAGAAGCACACCAGGCAGUUUUCUCUCUGUGGCCAUAGACUAGGAAUGGCUGCUGGUGGCUUAAGAGACUUUCUCAUACGAAACGUCGUUCGUCUCUUCCUUGGCUUCGAGAAGGUGCCAUGCUGUUGAGAGAAGUCUUUUGAGGACUGCAACCCUCUUCAGACAGAAUCUGAUUAUUCCACCUUGAGCAAAGCACUCUGUUUAUGACAACUGUUUUUAUUACUAAUGGCAUUUAGUAAAAUCCUUUUUAGAAGG